AUGGCGCAGCCCAAAGAUAUUGCUCUGUCCACACAACCCGACUUCGCUACUCGGAUGAGUGUCUCAACUUCACCCUCAGCCGCGUUCCAUUCCCCGCCAUCAAGCUUUAGCAGCAAACUUCCCCAGCGAGGAUUGACAAAGCAAUUGAAGCCCUUCAACAGCAAAGAUAUCAAGAUUCUUCUUCUGGAGAAUGUGAACCAGAGCGGGAGGAACAUUCUUACGGGCCAGGGUUAUCAAGUUGAAGCCUUGAAGACCUCGUUACCCGAGGACCAGCUCAUCGAGAAGAUCAAAGAUGUUCAAGUCAUUGGCAUCCGAUCCAAGACCAAGUUAACGGAGAAGGUGCUUCGGGAGGCUAAGAAUCUGCUCGUAAUCGGUUGCUUCUGUAUCGGCACUAACCAGGUUGACCUCGAGUAUGCUGCUAAGCAUGGUAUUGCUGUGUUCAACUCGCCUUUUGCCAACUCCCGCAGUGUUGCCGAAUUGGUGAUUGGAGAAAUCAUCUCUCUCGCGCGUCAGCUUGGGGAUCGGUCCAAUGAGAUGCACCAGGGUACUUGGAACAAGGUCAGCGCCAAGUGCUGGGAGAUUCGCGGGAAAACGCUGGGCAUUGUUGGAUAUGGACACAUCGGCUCCCAACUCUCAGUGCUGGCAGAAGCUAUGGGCAUGACUGUCAUCUACUAUGAUGUUGUGACCUUAAUGGGUCUAGGUACAGCCCGCCAAGUGCCAACCCUGGAAGCCCUCCUGACGGAAGCCGACUUCGUUACUCUCCACGUACCCGAGCUGCCGGAGACAAAGAACAUGAUUUCCACGGCACAGCUGGAGAAAAUGAAGGAGGGGUCCUACCUAAUCAACGCCAGUCGUGGAACUGUGGUAGACAUCCAGGCUCUCAUCAACGCAAUGCGCAGCGGUAAGAUCGCAGGUGCGGCCUUGGACGUCUACCCAAACGAGCCCUCAGCGAAUGGCGACUACUUCAACCGUCAACUCAACCAAUGGGGCGAGGAUCUCCGCAGCGUGAAGAAUAUUAUCCUCACACCUCACAUUGGCGGCAGCACGGAGGAGGCACAAAGGGCAAUCGGAGUUGAAGUCAGUGAUGCUUUAGUCAGAUACAUCAACCAGGGAGUGACACUGGGCAGCGUGAACCUGCCUGAAGUCAACCUGCGUUCUCUGACACUGGAUGAACCUAACUACGCUCGGGUUAUCUACGUCCACCACAACGUUCCAGGUGUUCUCCGCAAGGUGAACGAGAUCUUUGGCAACCACAACGUUGACAAACAGAUUAGUGACAGCAGGGGUGACGUUGCUUAUUUGAUGGCCGAUGUAAGCGAUGUGAACCUUGGCGACAUGAAGGAGCUCUUCGAUGCACUUGAGGCACUGAGCUCAAAAAUCAUGGUUCGUGUCCUGUAUUAA